AUGACGGGUAAAUUUGACACUAAGUUUACGGAGAGUAAGCAAAAGAAUAAACGUGAGUACAACGAUGAUGAGGAUAAUAAUGAUGACGACGAUGAUGAUGAUGACGAUGAUGAUGAUGUGCUAGUCUUUUCGCGAGACGAGUACUGGGUCCACAAAAUUGACCAGGAUCCGUUUUUAAAUGUUCAGGUAAUCGAUCCCACAGUAACUCCACGUAAUUCUCAAAUUCCUGUAGAAGAACAAUCUUCGGAUACGCAGAAAGAUAUCUCGAACGAUGUGGAAAAAGUGCGAAACAACGUGGAGGAAGUCUCGAAAAGUGUAAACGCGCUAUCGACAAAAGUGUCUGAUGAGAUUCAUCGAGGUGUAACUGAUUUGCGUCAACGAAUGAAUAAUAUAGUGACGAAAGAGACAUUAGAGAGAGAUACGAUCGUACUCGCCCUUCGGAAAGUGUCCAACGAUAUGCAGAUACUGCACCGCGGUGUAGGUGAUCUGCGUCGACAAUAUCAAAGAAAGUGCGUAACGAGAACGAGAUUCAGCAUCUGA